AUGGACACACAACAACCAAGCAUAAUGUUGAACAUGGCUAAUAAUCAAAGUCCUUUGGCCCAAAUAUGGCUUGCUUCAAAUAUGUCCAAUGUUUCUCGAACAUCGGUUUUACAAACUGAUAUAAGUAAAUCUGUUCGAGCAAUCGAAAAAGUCGUAGGUUACAAUUUAGAAAAUAGAAACAAUUCAAUUUUAGAAAAAGAUAAAGGGCAUGCUUCAAUUAAUAAUAUUACGUUACGUACUUCAGGUGAAUUAUUACAUGGUGUAGUUCGUGUCUAUUCUAAACAAGCAGGUUUUCUUUUAUCUGAUAUUAAAGAUACAUUAAUCAAGAUUAGCUCAUUGUUUAAGGCAUCUUCAAAAAUUAAUGUAACGAUGACAGAAAACGCCACUAUCGCCAAAAUUGGUCAUUUAAUUUUAGAAGAUACAGUCACAGAAAAGGAAGUGCUUGUCUUACCUACUCUAGGUUUUUUAGAUGAGAAUAUUUCUUCUGCAUCAAAUUUAUUGAACAAGUUUGAUAAUAUGGAACGUCAAGUUCAAGGAGCUACCAAAACAACUAAUCCAAAUAAUUCUUUUGAUAUAUCCAUUGAAGUUGGUAGAAGAUUUGAUUCUAACGAAGGUCCCAAUAUCCAUGAGAACUCCAAUCUUGAUCUAGAUUUCGAUAUACAAGAUGUUAAUGGUCAAAAUACUUCUAUCCAGGACAAGUCAUCAUGGAUUGAAGGUACUAGAAAUACAGAACCUACAGUUGAACAUUCGGAAAUGAACAUUAAUAGUGGCAAUACAAAUUACCAUGAUAAUGAUUGGAAUCUAGAUUUUGGAAAUAACGAAGGGAUAAAUAUGGAUACUGAUAUAUCACAUGAUUCUAUUGAACUCGGAAGAAGAGCUGAAUCGGUGGAUAUCCAUGAACCAACUGACUUUGGAUUUGACUUAGAACUUGAAAAAGAACAGUCUGAAUUGGAAUUGGAACCAGAAACUGAAAUCGUCAACAAUGAAAAAAGGCAUAGCAGCAAAAAAAGCACAUCUACCAGAAAUCCCUUAUUAAAACACACCAUUCCAGUUGAAAGCGACUUCAGUCAAGAAUUAACAGAUGAAGAGUUGAAAAACGAAUCUUUGACAAUUGUGUCUAAGCAUGCAGUAAUUAAAAAACAUUCAAUAAUAAAAUUAAACCAAAAAAGAUUGUGGGAACAAAUGAUUGGUAGUUUAGAUUAUAUUCCUAAUGUCAUAACUACACAAUAUCUAGAUUAUCGGAAUCUGAAAAAGCCAAAAGUUACAAAUAACACAUAUGAAGGUAUUGAGGAACCUGAGUAUGAUAAUUCAUUAGAUUUAGAUGCCAAUUCCUUGGGUAACGGAGAACCCUACCAGGAUUUAGAGCCAGAUAUUAUUGCUCCUUUGGAUGCAGAUAUUACUAACCAAUUGAAUACUGAGGAGCAUAUGGACGAUAAUGAUAUUCUUUCUAGUCCUUAUAAGAACAAUAAUGUGAGUAACAACGAUAACGAUCAACACAUGAAGCUACCGACCAGCGAAAAUAUUAACCCUACAAUCAAUCAUAUUGUUGAAACAUUAAAGAUGAAAGAAGAUUCAAUUUUAUUUAAUGAUUUAGUUGUCGAACAACAUACCAAAAUCCAUCAAAAUAGCAACCCUAUUUCAAAACGAGAAGCCAGUGAUGCCUUUUUCAAUAUGUUAACUCUAGCAACGACAGGAUGCGUAGAUUUGGUCCAAGAACAAUCAUUUGGUAAAAUUCACAUUACAAAGAAUGCAUCUUUACUAGACGAAUAUAUAAUAGCCUAA